AUGCGUUAUCCUACUCGUACCGCGCAAAAUGGUCGUGCAUUAUUACUUCGUGGUGUUGGAGUAGCUUGGCCAAAUGGUAUCGUACCAUAUGAAAUUGCACCAGGCUACAGCAAUGAACAAGAAUUAAUUAUUACUUCUGCCAUGCGACAAUUAGAAAACACAGUAGCUAUCAAUAAUUUUCGUUGUGUUCAAUUUCGUCCGAAAAUUUCAUCCGAUCCAUAUUAUAUUACUAUCGUUAAUGAACAAGGUUGUUCAUCAUAUGUCGGACAAAAUCCACACGUCGUACUCAAUCGCACAGUUACAUUGCAAAGUUCUGGUUGCCUCACCGCUGGAGUAAUUAUGCAUGAAUUAUUACAUGCAUUAGGUUUUGAACAUGAGCAAUCCCGACCUGAUCGUGAUAAUUAUGUUAGAAUUAAUUGGGAUAAUAUACAAAGAGAGAUGCAAUAUAAUUUUGAUAAAUAUGAUAAUAUUAGAGUAAAUACUUUAAAUACACCGUAUGAUUAUAGAUCAUUAAUGCAUUAUGGUUCAACUGCAUUUUCCAUAAAUGAUUCGCCAACUAUUGAACCAAUUCAAUCAGGUGUUACUAUUGGACAACGAAAUAAUUUAAGCGCAAUUGAUAUACAAGCUGUUCGACUUUUUUAUAAUUGUACAGCAAGUGGGAUCACAUUGCCACCAACGACAACACUUUCUACAGCCAAUUUGUAUACAACCAAUGCCGCUUAUUCAUCUGUGUUAACUGCAAAUAGUCGAAGAUUUUCACGUGCUGGUGAAGAAAAUUCAAACUAUUACUAUGAAGUUUUUCAAGUGACUGUUCCGACAUCUGGUUAUUAUCGUUUCAGAAGUAAUAGUAUCGUCGAUACAUAUUGCUACUUGUAUACAAACAAUUUUAUACCAUCUUCUCCAACAUUGAAUUUACUUGCACAAGACGAUGAUACUGGUGGUAGUUUACAAUUUCAAUUUACACUUUAUCUUCAAUCAACUGUUGUGUAUAUGUUGGUUGUUACAACCUACUCACAAAAUAUAAUAGGUCCAUAUACGGUAAUUGCAUCUGGUCUUACACGAGUUAAUUUUGUUCCUAUAACCAACACAUCAAUAGUAUCUUCUACUACAAAUGUUCCAAUAGGUAAAUAG